AUGCCCACCAGCUUCCGGUUAGCUGCUGAUGCCGACAGGUCUUUGUCUACGCAGUCACUGAUGCUCUCAGUUUCUCUGUCACAGAUGGCGGCACCCUAUCACAAGAAGAGCGAUGUCGGACUUCAGGCAGCCUACGAGUAUGGGGCUUCCGAGUACAGCCUAGACGUGGCCAGAGCUCAGCUUCAGCGUACAGGCAGCACAGACACCAUGCUGACUUCACUCGAUCCGGAAAACUCCCUGCGCCACAGGAUGCGCACGCGGCUGAAGAGGGCAUUCUCACGGAAGACACUGCUCAAGAGGUUGCCCGUGCUGUCAUGGCUACCGCGCUACUCCGUGGAGGAUGCCGUGGGAGAUCUGGUGGCUGGAAUCACUGUUGGACUCACUGUCAUCCCCCAGUCGCUCGCCUAUGCCAGCAUCGCAGGUCUUCCAGCCCAGUAUGGGCUGUAUGGCUCUUUCAUGGGCUGCUUCCUGUACAUGUUGUUUGGCAGUUGCAAGGAUGUACCCAUGGGCCCUUCUGCUGUCAUCUCUCUGCUGACAUUCCAGUCAGUGCGUGGCAUGGGUCCCGAGCAUGCUGUGCUUCUUUGCUUCCUCACUGGAGCCAUCCAGGUCAUCAUGGGGAUCCUGGGACUUGGUUUCCUGAUUGACUUCAUAUCUGGUCCAGUGUCAUCAGGUUUUACAUCAGCAGCUGCUCUCAUGAUUGUAACUUCUCAGAUGAAGGAUUUGUUGGGAAUCACAGCAGAAGGCAAUACUUUCAUCGAAGUAUGGGGAAGUCUUUUCCAGAACAUGCAUAACACAAAACUCUAUGAUAGUAUUUUGGGUGCUGUCUGCAUUGUUGUGCUGUUAUUGAUGAGGGUAUUGGCGAAUUUUAAAAUAGGACCAAAAGAAGAUGAAAAGAAGACAACUACCCAUAGGAUUCUAAAUAAAGCUAUUUGGCUUAUUGGGACUUCUCGCAAUGCUAUCCUAGUGAUUAUAUGUGGUGUCAUAGGAUAUCAGCUAUCACUCUCAGGAGAUGCACCUCUUAACUUAAUAGGUCCCAUACCUCCUGGACUUCCAGCUUUUCACUUGCCACCAUUUACUGUGACAUUGGAGACAGGAAAUUCCACAGUCACAUAUUCAUUUGGUGACAUGUGUUCCAACCUUGGAUCUGGAAUUUUUGUUGUACCUCUUGUAGCGCUACUGGAAAAUAUUGCUGUUUGCAAGGCAUUCUCUAAUGGUAAACCUAUAGAUGCCACGCAAGAAUUACUUGCCAUUGGUAUUUCCAAUAUUGGUAACUCUUUUGUCCAAGGCUUCCCAGGAACUGGAGCCCUUGCUCGCAGUGCUGUUAACAAUUCAAGCGGAGUCAGGACAACACUUGGAGGACUUUACACAGGACUUUUGGUGAUUUUAUCUCUUCUUUUCUUUACUGAUUAUUUCUACUUUAUACCAAAAUCAAGUCUUGCUGCUAUAAUCAUAGCUGCUGUGAUAUUUAUGGUUGAGGUCAAAGUUGUUGUCCCAAUCUGGAAGACGAAGAAAAAUGAUCUUAUCCCUGGAUUUGCAACAUUUUUUGCCUGUUUGAUACAGCAACUGGAAUUAGGCAUCCUUGUGGGCAUUGGCUUGAAUGUACUAUUCAUUCUUUACAAUGUUGCACGUCCAAAAAUAAAUAUUGAGACAAACAAAACUCCAGAGGGCACUGACUAUCUAGAACUUACUCCAGAUAGGUGUCUUAUUUUUCCUUCUGUUGAAUAUGUACGCAACUUGGUGGUGAAGCAAAGCAUGAGGAAUGAUAUGCCUGUUGUAAUUAAUUGUUCACAUAUAUUUGUAUCAGACUACACUGCAGCCAAGGUGAUUGACUGCCUUACACAUGACUUCAGCAAAAGACAACAGCCACUUUUCUUCUAUAAACUAAAGCCAAGUAUAGUGAAGAUGUUCCAAGGGCUACAUCCAACAGAAUUUGUUGUUUAUCAUGAUCACAAUGAACUGGAGAGUCUUAUCAGAGCUCACAAAAAGUACAUGGCUGCACGUAACGGUAUUUCUGAACUCAGUUUUGUUAGUACUGGAUGA